AAACAAUCUAAUUAAAAACAUCAUUUUUAGAUAGAUAGUGUUCGUAGUACAAGUUGCUCAAUUCGAAUCUCUCAAUGACAGUUAUUUUAUCUGUACAAGUAGCUGAGUCGGUGGAGCGAAGAAAAAAUUAAAACAUUAACUAAAGAUUGAAACUUAUAACGAUCAUGUUAAGGUUAACUCAUUUGAGCCGGUUAAAUCAUAGCGACUUACCGUUCCCGAAUUCCUUUGUAUAGUGGAGUACAAGUUGCUCAAACAGGGGAGUAAAAGUAAUACGGUAGGGGUGUAAAUGUCAAUGUCAGCCUUACCGGCACAUAAAAAGUCAAGAUCCUUAUUAUAAUCGCGAGGGUAUUUGCGGUAAUAUGAACCGUCCAUAUUCAUUAAAGGUUAGCUUUAUAUGAGACCUCCAUAUCCAGGAUGUUCGCUCUCGUCUUCCUGGAAGAAAAAAAGCUUCUCAAAGUCUAAGACCUCUUCUCUGGUGUAUACAUAAAUAAUCUAAUACACACAUAACAAUAUUACUCGUAAUAUAUAGUGUGAGAAUCGGAUCAAACGUAACAGUGGGAGAAUACGGCACUAAAAUAAGGUUUGCUGCUUCUUAUCUCAUUCAUUCUUCUCUUCCUCAUCAAUUUCCACUUCAAAUUUGAGGUAUUCCAGUUGUUCUUUGAUUGGGAUUCGGCAUUAAAAAUCAUGUUUUGUGAACGGAUUCCGUCUUUUUUAUUGGAUUUUUAAUAUUUUAUCUGCGGGAAGUUAAUUUUCUGCAGGAAAUAUUUGUUCUGGUGUUAAAUGGUUUAUUAUUGGUCAGAUUCUGGGGAUAAGGUUUGAUUUUCGUUAUCAUUUUAAUUAACUUCAAAACUGAAACUUUAAUUUGUUUUGCAGAUUCAUGCUUUUUUGGCUGAACCCAAAUGCCCAAUAGCCAAGGUUGUCGACUUGUCGGUCGGAGUUUUUUUCUUAGGAUUUUAUCAUUCUUGGAUUCAUAGGAGAGCAACUUUUUUCAAAAUUUAUAUCCUAUAAUGGGAUCUCUUCUGGCAGAGAGAAAAUUCAAGACACCACUAGGAAUACAGUUGUUUAAGUGUCUAAAGAAGUCGCCCAUCUCAUACAAAACAUAUCAAGCAAUUGUUCUAAUAGUUACAUUUCUGGCAUACGCGGCGUACCAUGCUACUAGAAAAACUACCAGCAUUGUCAAAAGCGCUCUUGAUCCUAAAUCAUCCGAUUUAGGCAUGAAAUCUCCACGGCUAAGAUGGGCGCUUGGUAAUGGUUGGUUUCCUUUUAACGGUAAAGAUGGAACGGAAUUGCUAGGGGAACUUGAUGUGGCGUUCCUUUUUGUAUAUGCACUAGGGAUGUAUUUCUCAGGGCACGUAGGUGAUAGGAUGAACCUUAGGAUAUUCUUAACAACAGGAAUGGUCGGAACUGGUCUGUUCACUGGACUUUUCGGCUUUGGGUAUUGGGCGAAUAUCCAUAAUUUCUAUUACUAUUUGACCGUCCAAAUGCUGGCUGGGUUGUUCCAAUCCACGGGCUGGCCUUCGGUGGUUGCGGUUGUUGGAAAUUGGUUUGGGAAGAAGAAGAGAGGGCUUAUAAUGGGGAUUUGGAAUGCCCACACGUCAAUCGGGAACAUAACCGGGUCAUUGAUUGCAUCCGUUUUGUUGAAGUUCGGGUGGGGUUGGUCAUUGGUUAUUCCCGGGAUUUCUAUCACCUUCACUGGCUUACUUGUGUUUCUUGUAUUGCCCGUGGACCCUGAAUCGGUUGGGGCUAGUGAAGAUGAAGACAAUAUCCACUCCCUUGAAAAGGAAGAGAUGAAAGUAACAUUACAACCUCUUCUGAGAUCAGAUGAAGUGGAGAACGAAUCUGCUGUGGGUUUUGUUGAAGCUUGGAAGAUCCCAGGGGUUGCACCUUUCGCCCUUUGCCUCUUCUUUGCAAAAUUGGUGGCCUAUACUUUCCUUUAUUGGCUUCCUUUCUAUAUUAGCCACACAGCAAUCGACGGGAGGUACUUAUCUAACGAGGAAUCGGGAAACUUGUCAACCUUAUUUGAUGUCGGAGGGGUGGUUGGUGGGGUCCUAGCCGGCUACAUUUCUGAUCACCUCAAUGCCAGAGCCAUCACAGCUGCAACCUUCAUAUACUGCUCCAUCCCAGCUCUCUUCUUGUACAGAAACUUUGGUGAUGUCUCCAUGUCCAUGAACAUUCUUCUGAUGUUGAUCACUGGCAUGUUUGUGAAUGGACCUUAUGCGCUGAUAACAACCGCAGUUUCAGCUGACUUGGGAACACACAGCUCGUUGAGAGGAAACUCAAGAGCACUUGCAACGGUCACCGCCAUUAUAGAUGGAACAGGCUCUAUUGGUGCGGCAAUUGGGCCUUUGUUAACGGGCUACAUAUCUGCUAAGAGCUGGAAUGGCGUCUUCACAAUGUUGAUGGGGUCUGCUCUAGUUGCAGGGUUGUUACUAACUAGAUUGGUUGUGUCUGAGGUUGUUGAUAAGAUUCGAAAUUCCACUAGUCAUAAUGAGCCGAGGUUAAACUCUUGUGUCAAUGAUGUGUAAGAAUACUUUCAGAAAAUGCAAGUAAAUGGGCCACUUAAUUUUUAUCAAACCGACCCUAAGCUUGUCUCAAGCAGCAUGGUGAUAGUGUAGUGUAAAUAAAGAGUUAAGAUUUGAUAUCAAGACUUUAUCAAGUGUUGUUCAAGUGUUGUCCUGAAGGGAAUGAGAAGAUGAAAGAUGUAAAUCAUAAUUAUGAAUGCAUACUAGUUUGCAACAAGAUGCUUGAAUUGUCAAAACUAUUCUCAGUAAAUUUUAGAUUUUAGGCUAACUGAGAAUCGCUGUCAAUUGUAGAUGAACUGGUGAUUGUACAUUUUUAUGGUGUCCAAUAAUAGUGCUUUGAGCCU